CACACCAUGCCUGCCAUUUCUGGACGCUUCUCUGUGGACAGUAGUGUGUGUGUGUUUUGGCUCGUCCUUUGUGCCUUUGGAAGCCGGUCCAAAUUAGCUUGUGAGCUAUGAGGUGAGACAUGUCCUGGAAGGAUUAACACCUGGUGGCUAAGCUAAUGUUGCAACCCUAGUGAGAGAGAGGACAGGACGAUGAAGGCCAAACUAACCCUUUUUUUUUUUUUUUUUGGAAAAUGAUCUAACAAUUUAGCUGCUUGACUCAUUGUCAUUUGUCCCGGUCUGAAACAAAGGUCACUGGCAUCACACUGUCCAACCAUCUUAGGUUUAAUAACUGUAUGUUUAUGUAAAGCCUAGACAGGAGUAUUCGUGGAAGUUAUGGAAAAUUUACCAACACUUUAGUGACUCUUAGCUUCUGUUUGGCCUCAUUUUGUGUCCCAUCAACAUAUACUGUAGGCAUCAACAGUAGAGUUGUUGUCACUGCAUAUAAUAUCACCUAGUAGUAGUGACAGCUGUCCACAACCGCCCCCAAUCACCACCACCAACCCACCCAUCAAUUCCAGAGGAUAUGUAUGGUGUCAUAGAAGGGUGACGUUGAGUCUGGGAUUAGCUCAUUAAGACGGCCAUUUUUGAUCUCAGAUUAUCUGCCCCAUUUCCACGGAAACUCGAUCAUACGCUGCCCUCUUAAGAAAGACGCGCGCGCACGGAUCCCCCCACACACGCAAACACAAACGGACCCUAAAGCCCUGGAGACCAGGGCCCAACAGAGAUGUGAAGUGUAGAUGUGCAGCAACAGCUAAACGUUGGGUCAGGUUUCUGGGGGCUCGUGCUAAAUUUAACCCUGUGAUCCUGCAGCAGGCAGAGGGGUUUAAAUGCCAGCCUACAGUUGCUCCACACCAGUUGUUCUCCUAACGUCUUCCACUCAUCACAAACUCAGGCAGGCGCGCACACUGACGCACACUCCAAGACACGCGCUGCAGCUCUCCGGACUGAAACCCCACGUACGGUAGACCAUUUCCGAAGGAAGCAGGGACCCUUAUCCAGACCACAGCAUUGAGCAGCAUGGAGCUUUUUGAGACCAACCCUUACUUCUUCCCCGACCAACGCUUCUAUGAGGGAGGGGACAACUAUUUCCCUUCUCGCCUGCCUGGGGGGUUUGAACAACCUGGCUACCAGGACAGGAACUCCAUGAUGGGCUUGUGUGGGAAUCUCCCUUGAGGAGUUGGAGUUGGAGUUGGAGUUGGGGUCACAGGAACAGAGGACAAAGUUUCUCCAUCCAGCCUGUCACCUCACUCUGAGCCUCACUGUCCGGGCCAGUGCUUGCCGUGGGCCUGUAAGUUAUGCAAAAGGAAGACGGUGACGAUGGAUCGGCGAAGAGCGGCCACGAUGAGGGAGAAGAGGCGUCUGAAGAAGGUCAACGAGGCCUUUGAUGCUCUGAAGAGGAGCACCCUGAUGAACCCCAACCAGAGGCUGCCGAAGGUGGAGAUCCUGCGAAGUGCCAUCCAGUACAUCGAAAGACUCCAGGCCCUGGUGUCCUCCCUAAACCAGCAGGACAGUGAGACAGGACAGCAGGGACUUCACUACCGAGCCAGUACGACGCAGCCCAGAGUGUCUUCGUCCAGUGAGCCCAGUUCAGGCAGCACCUGCUGCAGCAGCCCAGAGUGGAGCAGUACUCCGGAGCAGUGCUCCCAGAGCUACAGUAGCGAGGAUCUGCUGAGCGCUGCCGAUUCUCCAGAUCAGGGCAACAUGCGUGUGCUGACCUCCAUCGUGGAUGGCAUCUCCGCAGCGAAUGGAGCCUGGCCUUUCCCGUGGACAUUCCCAAAUAAAACCUCCAGAGACCACGAGAAAUAAAAUUCACAUUCGGCACGAGAGUCUAACAAACUAAUUAUAACUACCAAGUUUAUUUAUUCUUAAGAUUUAUUGAAUGUUAUCCUGAUGCUAAAUUAUGAAAUUUGAGAUUUAUUACAACCGUAAGGAAAGAUCUAUGAUCUAUGUUCACACCGAGGCCUUAUUCCCUUUAUUCUCUGCCUUCUCCUGUGGUCCACCGACAGAGCAAUAAGAAAACUGGUCCAGACUUAAGUUAAGUUUUCCUCUUUUCCAGACCUUUCCCUGAUCUUUUUCAUUCUUUUGUGUGUGUUUUUUAUUUUUAUGCUUAAACAAACGUAAGUUAAUAUUUGGGGCCAAUAUGUACUACAGCAGUUUUGACCAAGAUCUGCUUAAUAUAAACUAGUUCCAAUAGCUAGUCAUGUAAAUACGUUCCCUUUUUCUACAGAGUGGUUUUGCAAUUUUAUUUUUUAAUUUUGUUAAUUUAUUUUUUGACUUUUAUAACUUUGAUUGUUGUGUAUUCGUAGAUGUUCCAAAAGUGAUAUUUUCUGUCCAAUUCUUGCAAUAAAGACCAUUUUCAAUAAACCGACUAUUGUUACAUCCAAACGUGAGGAUGACAAAAGAACCACAGAAUCCAGAUUAAAAAAAAAAAACAGCUUUACUUAUGUCUAUAUAAUGUCAUAAAUACAG